AUGAUCCUAUGUGUCAUAUAUGCUCUGUUGUCGGUGGCAUGUGCUCAGGAAGUGGAGGAAGAGGUAACAACCGCCGUUGUGAGAGCCGUCGAGGUGGAGAAACUCAGGAGCGAGGCAUCAGCGCAGUGCUCGUACCGAUACAGCAAUAACAUUUACAGCGUUUCAGAAGAACAAUGUCGGAAGUGCGUCGCCGAAUGGAACGUCCCAAUUGGUAUUGCCGGAGAGGAGGAAGAGAAGACAGUCUACAGAAUGGCUUACGAUUGUCGACCGAUGAAAAAUUCGAAGGAAUUCCUGCGAAAACUUUGUCGUUCCUCUUUCCUGCCCGAUCGUCAGUCAUUGGAUGCCCAAGUCAAGUGCGACACAUGCCUGGCAGCGCACGGUAUCAAGGAGAACGGUUCAACUUUCGAUGAGGUGCCUCAGUUCCUGGAUGCGCGGAGAGCGUGUAUUCGUAUCGGACACAAAGUUAUGGUUUUGACGUCCUUCUUCGGGGGCAGAAUACGCCGAACCUACAAGCACACCUACGACUACGAGCUUCUGCGAGAAACGACUCGCGACGAAGUGUGCAACGAACAUUUCGAUGAGCGAAUCGUUACGAAAUGUCGGACGUGUCUUGACAAUCUGCUAUUGUGGCCUGAUGCUCCGAUUGAGAAAAUCGCCGAUAAAAUCAAGUCAUGCCUAUCCCCGUUAAGCCCGAAGGAGAUCCUGGCGAAGACCUGCAAUUUUUUGGAAGAUCCCGUCCUGAAGAAAGUAUUCCUGCCCAGAGACCUGAAAACGUGUCACGCUUGUUUCAAUGCGUCCAGCAUCGACAGCUCGUCUACAAUGGAGGAGAAGAUAGCGGUCUCCUUCAGUUGCUUGCCUCCGGCGGAUCCAGUCAAAGAACUUCAAGCUCAGAUAUGCACCAAUAUCGAGAGGAAUUCUGUCAUUUUCAAGGCUUCAGCUGAUGAUCAGCCAAGGGAUCUGUGCUUAACUCUUGCGGCGUCGCAGAACAUGACCGCUGGGAUAACUUACGCGGAUUUCAAAGCCGCGAUCCAGGAUGUCUCGAGCAAAGUUCGACAGCAUAUAUCCGGGGCGUGUAAUACCGGCGUUGCGGAAGAGGAAAUCGAAAAAUGCAAAUCAUGUGUCGAUCUGGCUCUGGCUAGGAUCUCCUCCUCUCCAUGGGAAAUACGUCGGAUAGACUUCCUCAGAUCGUUCAGAUGCAUCGUGCUGAGUCGGAAGCCGAGCUCGGAGGGACGGCAGGAAAUUCCGACAACUCCUUCUCCUGAAGAUGUCAAUAUCGGGAUGCUUCCGGUGAGCGUUCAGCCUCAGAUGAGCAUCGUAGUCACUGUUGUACUGCAUCUCUCAUUGUAA